CUCUUCGAGCUCUUCCUCUUCGUCCUCGAGUUCAUCCUCUUCCUCGUCCUCGAGUUCUUCCUCGUCUUCCUCUUCCUCUUCCUCUUCCUCAUCUUCGUCUGCUGUUUCAAGCUCUUCCUCUUCCUCAUCCGUUGUUUCAAGCACUUCCUCUUCCUCCUCUGCUGCACCAAGCUCUUCCUCAUCUUCAUCUGUUGUUUCAAGCUCUUCCUCUUCCUCUUCCUCUUCCUCGAGUUCUUCUGCUGCUCCAAGCUCUUCCUCUUCCUCUUCCUCUUCCUCGAGUUCUUCCGCUGCUCCAAGUUCUUCCUCUUCCUCUUCCUCGAGCUCUUCCGCUGCUCCAAGUUCUUCCUCUUCCUCGAGCUCCUCUGUUGCCUCGAGCUCUUCUUCGAGCUCUUCCGCUGUUUCGAGCUCUUCUACUCCAACUUCUGCUGCUCCAAGCUCUUCCGCUCCAACGUCCGCUGCUCCAAGCUCUUCCUUACCAAUAAAGUAUGUUACGGUAACUGAGUGGGUCAAUCUGUGUUAAGAACCCCCAACCUGUCUCUCUUAGCUAUACCCGUUGAAUUACUUUAUUAUUGUAAAAUACGACUCCUUUAAUUCUUGAAUCAUGGAAACUGUACGUUUAAGACGCCUUGUCUUGUCCUAGUGUAAGCACCUGUAGCUGUUCGCAAAGCCUGUAUUUUUGGACUUGCUGCUACAUUUUCCGUUUUUCAUGUCAACAAAGACCGACAACAAGAUGAAACAAAUUAAAACUCCUGGUUGGCCAUAAAACUUAUGACUCAGACUAGAUGAAAUUAUAGGUAUGGGGCCUAAACUAUGGAGCACUUGUAGGUUUCACAGGAUAGAGCGGUGAUCAUGCCAGACCACAAACAUCUGCAGAUUAAGCUAGUAUCUCGAUAGAGCAUAAAAAUAUCUGACAGUAUUGUUGAACCUGGGAGAAUAAAAGCGUC